CAGACACACAGAGAGAGAGAGAGAGAGAGACGGGAACGAAAGACGGAAGCUACGAGAAUGUCGGGGAUGAAACCGGCUCCGUUCUGGAAACAAGUUCGUCUCUCGUUCUUGAAUUCCUCCGAUCGAGGAGCCGAUCGAUUGAGGGAGGCGUCGCCGCUGAGGGCUGCCGAGGAGGAGGAGGAUGACGAGGAAGAUACCGCGCUGGUGGCGGAGGUCGAGUCGGUGGCGUCAUCCUCGACGCCGUCGAGGACGGCCUCGUCCAGUUCCUCGAUCGUGGAGUCGAUCCGUGGGUGCGGGCUCCCGGGUCUGAGGGUCGGUAGAGGGGACCUCCGGCGGCGGGUCUUGAUACCGGACCGGUUAUUGGCGGGCAUGGUGGAGGCCGUCAGGUCGAGGAACCUCUGCGCCGCGGAGGUGGCGGCGUUGGAAGGCGGGCAUGGGGAGGAGGAUGCGCCGGAGGCGCCUCUGGUGGUGUUCGUCAACUCGCGGAGCGGGAAGCGCCAUGGCCCCGUCCUCAAGAGCCGGCUCCAGGAGUUGAUCGGCGAGGACCAGGUCUUUGAUCUUUCGGUCACGAAGCCUUCGGAUUUUGUUCAGUAUGGUUUAGCUUUCUUGGAGAGGUUGGCUGACCUAGGCGAUUAUUGUGCAAAGGCUACUCGUGAAAAUUUGAGAGUCAUGGUUGCAGGAGGGGAUGGUACAGUAGGCUGGGUGUUGGAAAGCCUCGGAGAACUUUAUGUGCAAAACAGAGAGCCGGUUCCUCCAAUUGGUAUCAUUCCACUUGGGACAGGAAAUGAUCUAUCUAGGAGCUUUGGUUGGGGCGGUUCAUUUCCUUUUUCAUGGAAGUCAGCUGUGAAAAGGUCAUUAUAUAAGGUUAUUACUGGCCCAAUUUGUCGGCUUGAUAGCUGGCACAUCACUGUCUCAGUUCCUGUAGAAGACAUGAUAGAACUGCCACACUCUCUCAGGCAUCUGGGUGAAAGCACUUUUUUUCCAGAUGGGGAUAUCGAGGGGGUGCUACCUGAAAUGAUUUCUUGCUUUGAUGGGGUCUUCUACAAUUAUUUUAGCAUAGGAAUGGAUGCUCAAGUUGCUUAUAGUUUCCAUCAUUUACGUGAUGAAAAACCAUACCUUGCACAUGGACCAUUAGCAAAUAAGUUGAUUUACACUGGAUAUAGCUGCAAGCAAGGAUGGUUUUUUACACCUUGCAUGAGUGAUCCAAGUUUAAGAGGGCUCAAGAACAUUCUUCACUUAUCCAUUAAAAAGGUUAACUGCUCAGAAUGGGAACAGAUUCUUGUUCCAUCAAGUGUUCGGGCCAUUGUUGCUUUAAAUCUUCACAGCUAUGGAAGUGGGAGGAACCCUUGGGGUAAUCUAAAACCAGAAUAUCUGGAAAAGAGAGGCUUUGUUGAGGCCCACAUGGAUGAUGGCCUGCUCGAGAUAUUUGGCCUAAAGCAAGGGUGGCAUGCAUCACUUGUUAUGGUUGAACUUAUAUCUGCAAAGCACAUCGCACAGGCUGCAGCAAUUAGAUUAGAGAUCAGAGGCGGUGAGUGGAAAGAUGCAUAUAUGCAAAUGGAUGGGGAACCAUGGAAACAGCCACUGAACAAUGAGUAUUCAUCAUUUGUGGAGAUAGAGAGAGUGCCUUGGCGGUCACUUAUUAUAAAUGGGGAAUGAGCAUUUUGAUAUAUUGGGCCAGGGGCCUUCAGCAACAUAAAUGGCAUCUUUCUAAAAGAAAGCAUGUUGGUUGAACGAUCACUCUGUGUCCAGUUGUGCAGUUCAGUCGGCCAGGUCCGACUCAUGAUUGAAUAAGUGGGUGCCUGCUUGUAAUUUAUAUUUUUUUCUGUUCAUAAAUCUAAUAUAUUCAGUGCUAGUGUAAAAACUGGAAUGUUGAUUCCAAAGGGGCUUCAAUUCUCCAUUCCAAAAGGAAGCUGUAAGAAAUUUAGUAACAGUUGGCAUCAAUGAAUGCCAAAUCAAAUGUUUGGUUGGAAGGAA